CAAUUGGACGCGUUUUCGUGGUCAGAAAGAACAAAAAAAUGUGCAAUUGUAGUUGUUUCACAAAACAUUGUGAUACUCUAACUGAUUGCUGAUUGAAAGGAAUAGAACAAUAAGGCGGCACAAUUAAGCUUGCAUUGUCAAAGAGAAUUUGCCUAAAGCGUUGGUUCUCUGGAGAGAAAAAUUAUUUGGAGAGGGUAGCGAUGCAUAAACGAACCCAUUCAACGCGGGACUAGGAUUUGCAUAGAUAAUUGCAUUUCAAAGAGCCAGCGAUAUUAAACAGGCAUUCUGGAUGUACUAAAACAGAGCACUAAAUGCAUCGACGAGACAUAUAUAGAGCUGUAUAUUCAUCGACAGGUGCAGACUUGUAAGAUUUGACUAACUAACGACCAAACUCAAAGAUUAUUUGCGAUCAUUGGAUGUUUGCAAACAUUUCAGCGUCAUUUUCUAGCUAUUGAUACAACAUUCAAAGACCGGCAAAUGUGAUCUCAUGCGACAAGGCAAAAGAACCUCUCUUGGACAAAACUGAGGGGAAAGGACUAAAGUGAUUGUGCUACCUAUGGCUAAAAUGGAGCCCUAUCCUGCUACCUCAUCAAGCCCUUCUAUGGCUGCUGAGCCCGUCCCAGAGUGGGGCCCUGCGCUGAAAACAUGGCAAUGGGCUUGGGAGAUGCACUGGAUUGGUUUUGGCAUACUUUUCACCCUUCUCGCUGUGUACUCUCUGAUAACCAUGAUAGAAAUUAUCAUUAUUAAACGGCGGACAAAACGGGGACAUUUAGCGCUGGUUAUAGCAAGCCUUUUGUUCAUCUUUGGUUUGACGCGAGGUUUGUUUCUCCUCGUGAAUCCCUACGAGUCUGAACAAUGCAACUUAUUGCCCGUGUGCCCGGUGAUAUUGACUCGAAUACUGUUCGGUAUCGCCCUACCGUGCAUCACGGCGUCUUUUUCACUGGUUCACCUUGCGUUCCUUCAAGUGAUGAAACUCAAGCUGUACCCGGAGAAACUUCAGAGUGGCAGGUUCUUGUCCGCUGUUAUCAUUUUCCAUUUCAGCCUAACGUUCUUCGCAGAAGUCAUGGUGUCGCUGUUCGCCAGCUGGAAAGCACUCGUCAUCAUCUGCCAGUCGUUUUACAUCAUGCUCAACUUAAUUCUCUCUGUAAGUUUCUUAUACAGUGGCACGAAGAUUGUCAAGUAUGUUCAAAAAAACAACACUCACGUUUCCCGCCUCGGUCAAGCAAGCCAGCGUGGCAGGGCCACCAGCUCUCGCCCCUAUCGACCGAACGUGUCUAAACUCGUCAAGAUCACCUACAUCACAGUUUUUCUGGGAAUUGCCAGUUGCGUGCUACAGUUGUACUCGAUUAUUCACGUGUAUAACAUGUACAAGGACCAAGGUAUGAAGACCCCGGAACCAUGGCCUUGGCUAGCGUUCCAAACGAUACAUCGCGCCAUAGAAAUCGCUGCUGGUUGUACACUGGCUUACGUGGCCGCGCGACAAGUCAGCCGCAGGCUACACCUGUUCAUGCGCUGUUUUACCAGCGUUCAAAAACCGCGCAAAGAGUUGGAGAAAGUAAGUUCCUCCAAUGGCCACCAGAGCAGUGUAAAGUACUUAACAGGAGAACAACAAAGCGCUGCGUGAUAACAUGAUCGACUGUCAGUGUUGAUUUGACAAUCAUUUGAAGAGUGAAAACGCAGAGAAUGUAAGAAGUUCUUUUGGAAAAACGUAAACCGAAGCUCCAACGAGUUGUAGUCAAGGAA